UCGCUACACUUACGCAUGUUCGUAGCCCCUUCGCCCCUCCGUUUUCCAGUGUGUGUCUUGAGUGGCUAAAGAUAAGAGUGUUGUACUACGUCCUAAUAAAUUUAAAUGUUGUCAGGUUACUCAUUCAGUAUUUAAUCGUACCAUGUGCGGCGUCUGACUGACUUUUUGUAAAUUCGGAAACAAGAUUUACAAUGGCGGGUAUUUUGUCACUUGUUUGGUUUGUUGGUUCGGUGUUGAUAACACCGUUUUUGAUGAUUUUGUUAUGUAUUGUUUUUCUCGCAUCAAUUGGAAAAUCUUUGGGAGUAAGAAGACUGUACGUGAAGCUGCUUCUGAUCAUAUUUGAGUUUGGUCGUGCCAAUAUUGAAACCGCUCAAAAAGGGUCAAACGCUGAAGACACCAGCGAAGAAGACGAAGAACACAUCGAAGAAAUCUCGCCCCUUAACAGCAAUGCCACAAAUGAUAUAAAACACUUAAAAACGCCCAACGGUUUGAAGAAGCCAAACAAUGGUUACGUGCCCAACGGAAAUUCGGUCAUUAGUAGAGAUGAUAAGCUAAUUUUGGUACCCGAACCACCGUUUACCAUGCACAAAACGGACGAAACGACCGAUUUAUCAGAAGCUAAGGAUAAAUGUAAGGACUACGAUUUGUGCAACAUUUUCGACUACUUGAAAGCGGGGAUGGAAUCAAUCAUCGAAGAUCAAGUCACGUCGAGGUUCGAAGCCGAAGAACUGAAGAAUUGGAAUUUGCUGAUUCGCACGAACAGGCGAUACGAAUUUAUAUCGUGGAAAUUGACGGUGAUGUGGGUGUGCGGUUUCUUCGUCAGAUAUUUCUUCUUGUUUCCUUUACGGGUGACCAUCUGCUUUUUUGGGAUAUGUUGGUUGGUGAUUACCACAGGCCUGCUAGGAGGACUUCCCGACUGCCCCCCCAAGCGCUGGAUUAACACAAAAUCGUACCUAACGGCCUUUCGCAUAAUGAGUCGUUCUUUAUCGGCCGAAAUAAUCAUUCACAAUAAAGAGCACAGACCUGCCAGGGGGUCGGUGUGCGUCGCGAACCACACGACGCCCUGCGACGUGCUUAUUUUGUCCACAGAUAACUGUUACUCUUUGGUAUGGUGGUUGACUCUGUGUACGGCGUUAGUAGGGUAUGUGAAGGAAGGCGAUUUUAAGCAGAAAUUAAAUAAGUACGUGUCAGUUAUGUGCUUUGGAAUUUUAUCGAACGCUAUAUCUUCAGUUAUUACUUACCAUAAUGAAGAAAAUAAGCCUAAGAGUGGGAUCUGUGUCGCCAAUCAUACGUCGCCGAUAGAUGUACUUAUUUUAAUGUGCGAUAAUUGCUAUUCUCUGAUUGGCCAAAGUCAUGGAGGUUUUCUUGGAAUCUUGCAACGAGCCUUAGCACGGGCGUCUCCUCAUAUCUGGUUUGAACGGUCGGAAGUACGAGAUAGACAUGCUGUUGCAAAUAAGUUAAAAGAGCAUGUCUCCAAUCCCAAGAACCCACCAAUUCUGAUAUUUCCGGAAGGUACCUGCAUUAACAAUACGUCAGUGAUGCAGUUCAAGAAAGGCAGCUUUGAAGUAGGGAGUGUAAUUUAUCCAGUAGCUAUAAAAUAUGACCCUAGAUUCGGCGAUGCAUUCUGGAACAGCAGUAAAUAUUCUAUGAUGCAAUAUCUAUACAUGAUGAUGACAAGCUGGGCUAUUGUAUGUGAUGUUUGGUAUUUACCGCCCAUGCAGCAGAAUGAGGGAGAAAGCGCAAUUGAUUUUGCGAACCGAGUCAAGAGUGUGAUAGCGAAACAAGGCGGAUUGGUCGAUUUAGUUUGGGAUGGCCAGUUAAAGCGCACAAAACCAAAGAAAGAGUGGCGAGAACGACAGCAAGAAGAAUUCAGCAAGCGACUUAAAGUAGAGUAGGUUUUUAAAAUGCUUUUAAGGCGUGAUCUUUAUUUUAACGUUUUUUAAUGCGAGUAAAUUUAGUGUGAUUUU